UGUAUAUCCAUACCAAAAGUAUAGUAAACUCUGUAUAUUUUAUUUUUACAAGUAGUUAAGCGCUUUUUAUUUAUACCAUCCACUGUAAAAUGGACUUAGGUUGCUUCUUAACCAACCAUCGCAUUUUUCUAGCUUCCAAUAGAUGGCACUGUAAGCAGUAAAUUUAAGCACUUUUUGGUGUUCCCACUUUUUAGGGGACAUAAAACACGCCAAUGCUCUUGAAAUCAACAAAACUUCAAACAAAUUUUGACUUCAAUACGAAAACUGUUUACAUUUGUGGAACAAACUAAGCAGAAAAAUUAAGAUUAUCCCGUGAUUCUUGCCGGAUCCUCACAAGAUCAUGGACCGAAGCCGGCGCCUGUCGAGUGAAAGUUCCUCCGAAGCGAUUGCACCCAUCAAUUUCGCCACCGAUAAGUACCCUUUCUGUAUCGUAUGGACACCGAUUCCAGUGCUGACAUGGUUCUUCCCGUUCAUUGGCCAUAUGGGCAUUGCCAUGUCCAAUGGAGUGAUACGGGACUUUGCGGGGCCGUACUUUGUGUCGGAGGACAACAUGGGCUUCGGCAGACCGACCAGAUACCUACAGCUGGAUCCAGCUUUCGUGAACGGAGGCGUAGUGGAGUGGGACGAAUGCGUCUCGAAGGCAUCGGUGGUCUACGGAACUCGAAUGCAUAAUCUGUUCUGCGACAAUUGCCACUCGCAUGUCGGGAUGGCCCUCUCGCUGAUGAAGUACAAGCAGUACACUAACUGGAACAUGGUGGUGUUGGCCUUCUGGAUGUUCUUCGUUGGGAAAUACGUCGGCAUUAAAGGGCUCCUGAAAACAUGGAUCCCGUUCUUGAUAGUCUUGGUCACUUGUACACUGGUAGCCGUCUAUCUUAAGUAGAUUCAAGACAUACAUCCAUCAGCAUGUGCGUUAAAUACUUGGAAAAAGUCCCGAGCGGUCAACUUUCUAUCUACAACUGAAUGUGAAAUAUACAUAAUGUAUUUAUUUUUAUUUUAUGUACUAAUAAUUAAAUCAUUUUAAUAAUUUA